AUGUGGACUGAGUGGAACAAGUGAGUAACAUUUGUAACACUUUUAGGCUGCAAUCCUAGACUAUCCUGUGGAUGGAUAAGGGAGAAUCUUAAGAGCAGCCAGCAGAGUUUGGGAUAUUUUUGCAGCAGCCAACCAACCAGCUGAACUUGAGAGUGGUUUCAGAUAGAGGCGAGUGCUUGUCAAUUCUAUUGGCUACAGCAAAAACUUGCACACAACCAGAAGUACAGUACAUGUAUUUCACAACCCCUUGCAUGUGAAUAGGGUUGCCAAUGAUUCUGGCUUUGCUGUGCAGAUAAGUGCAGAAAGGACACAAGUUUGGGGGAUGACAACACAUGGGGUAUGUUUCAGCAACUUCUUAGGAAAGCAAAAAUGUGGCUCAGGAGCAGCAGCUAAUCAGCACUUUAGGGUUCCCUUAUUGCCCUAGUGAUUCUCUGAAAGUGCAGAAAGAUUUAAAGCAUUUUGUAAAGGAUAGUGUUGUGGGGUUUGGUUGUUUUUUUGGUUGUUUUUUUAAAAGCCCUCUUCAGUGCAAUUAUACUUAUCUGUUGAAUUCUAUAUAAGGAUAGUAUGCAGUUUUAGGGAGUGAGUCAUGUGGAUGACAUUUGGGCAGACAAAUGAUACCACUAUACCACUAUAAGAAAGAUUUACUCAAAUAGAUUAUCAAUAAAUAAAUUAGUUAAACCUCAUGUUACUAAAUUUCCACAUACAUUUGAAUAAAAAUAUAAAGACAAUUUAGCUCCAUCAGCGUAGCUUAGGAGCUGUAGUGCUUUGCAUACUUUUAUAUACUAAAAAUAGUCCUGGUCUCAUUUUAGGAGCAUGAGAAAUCACAAGCAGAGGGUUAGUAGCAGAAUCAGAAAAGGGUGCAUAGCUGGGAGUUUUAAAAAGUAGAGGUCUCUAGAAGUGAGUAGUAGAUUAAAAAGUUAAGUGAAUAUUAUCUAUAGUUUGGGUUAGAAGAACUUUAAUUACAUAAUAUUUAUUUCAAACCUUGUUUUUGUAUUUUAAAAUGUACCAUUUUUCAAAUACAUACUGGGAAAAGUCAAUAAAUUUUUUAAAAUCUAAAAAUAACAAUAAAAUUAACUACCGGCGCUCUAGCCAUUUCAACGAUUGUUUCAUUGCCCUCAGCUCCAGGGAAAACCACAGGGCUGUCCAGACUCCAUGCAAUUGGAGAGGGCGCUUCGGAGCCAGACAGUCGAUAGCCCUGGUUAACUCCGCAUUCCAGCGGAUCACCAGGGAAUCAGCUGAAAGGCCAUCAACAUGGGGUAAAAUAUCUCCUACCACUCUCUGGAAAUAAUUUGGGUCCAUUAAGUAGCAGGGGCAUAUCAUCUGAAUCAGUCCCACCUCCCUGCAGAGGGAAGGGUCGUGGAGAAGUCCAGUCUAUGCUCUGGUAACCUCUAGGUUGGAUUAAUGCACUUUGUUAUACCUUAGCUGCCUUCAAAGAUGGUUUAGAAACUGCAGCAGCUGCAGAAUUUGGUAGCCAGAUUGUUGACCGGCACAGGGCAGUCUGAACAUAGAAUUCAAAUUCUGGCACAACUGAAAGAGCUGCCAAUUUUUCGCCUGGCUCAAUUCAAAGUGUUAAGUUGACCUGUAACGUCUUAUGCCUGCUCAGGACCCCAAUGCCUCAUGGACAGCCUCUUCUCACAAGAACGGUAGAGCAGUACUGUACAGUCCCUUAGUCCCCCUUCCAGGUGACCACCAUCUCUCCAACCUCAGCAACUUUUUUGCCUCUGUGCCAACCAGAUUGGAGCCAAAGCAGGACCACUUGAGUCUAGGGCUUUUGGCAUUAUAAUCAAUCUGGGGCAUACAUGUCGUUCCAUAUUACAACUAUGAUAUGUUCAAUCAUGUGAAAGUAUUUUACCCCACAUACUUGAUGAAUAAGUAUGGAGAUGGGAUCCAGAGUCAACAAAACAGAUCAGAAGCAAAGGAAGCUGAGCAUAAAUGACCUCUGAAAGAACCUGUUACUAUGCAGUUAAGGUACAGAGGUUCCUGAAGGACUUUUAUAGUCACUGCCUCUACCAGGUCCUCUGCUGGGUCACUGUCUGCAACAGGGUGACAGCUGGUCAUAAAGCUCUCAAACAUCAAACAAUACUGUAGUACAUUAAUAAGGAUUUUACAUAAAUGAUACAAUUUACAUAAAUGGUAUGAAAUUAAUAGAACUCAGCACUGCCCUCCCAAAAUUCUGUCUUUCCGGUUGUGUCACCACAAAACCCUUUUUCUGAGCUUGGUCUUAAUGCUGGCUGGAGGGGUUCGCACUCGGAAGCUAAAACUAUCAGUCCUUCAUAACAUAAAGAACAUCAACAAACAAGGAACCUGUUUUCAAGAAUUCACAGCUUAACAAAAAGCAAACAACAAGCAUCAAACUGUUCUGAGGUAAUGCACUAGUCCAUAAUGGUGGCCUCUCCCACCUUCUUAAUGCAGUAUACAGCAGUGGGUUACAUAUGCAGUUUAAGCACAUGCAGUGGUGGUCUUUAAGAGAUCCAGCAAAAGUUUGUAUUCUGUGAUGCACAACAGGUUAAUCUCUAAUUUAGAUCAGAUAGAUUUAAAUGAAAUAUGGAGCUCAAAAAUAAAUUUCAGCUAGCAUGUUGGAGGUCAGCUUUACAUAAUAUAAAGUUUUCCUUAGGAUCUUUGCCUAAAGUUAAUGGAGCAAAAUGUUUUGCAGAAGGUUAAUUGGAUGUUGGCAUGGUCUAAGCAUGUGGGCAUUCAAACCAAUGAUAGGUGCUGGAGGUGUGAGUUGGAGCAAGCAGAUUUAAUUCAUUUGCUUUGGCAAAGCCCAGACAAAAACUUUGUCAGUUUUUGGAAAGUGGUUCAAACUAGAAUGCAGUAAGUUUAGUUUUGACUGUGUCUUUAGAAAUUACUGGUGUAAAUGCAAUAGCUGUCUAUGUAUAAAAUAAAUGGGGACUGGCAGAGGGAAUUAUUUAGCUAAAAGAAUAAUCUUGAGGCACUGAAAAUUUAGAGUGGCACCAAGUAUUGUAGUAUGAUCUCCUGCAGCUGGUUGCUCAUAAAAGGGUCCCAUCUGGUAAAAUGCAGAAGGAUGGCCACUUCAAUUACAUAAUUCUAGAUAUAUAUAUAAUUGUAUGCAUGGGACACAGAGAAAUAUUUCUGUUGCUAUUAUUAAUAGUAUUUUUAAUUUUCCAUUUCUAUUUUUGUUUCUUUAAGGAAGAAGGGUGGGUUAUGUUUUGAUGGGUGAGGAGGAGCAGGAAGUUUGCUGGAGUAUUGCUGUUAGAUGCAUUGUUUGCUGAAUGAGAAACUGUCAAAAAACCAUUAACAAACCCAAGUUUAUAUUUAUUUUUGGAGGCUUAACUACGCAUUGCAUAUAAGUGCGUGUAACAGACAACUUUAGGAGGGGGUGAUAUGUAGCAGAGAAGCAGUGGGGAAAGGGUUGUGUGUAUCUUUACUCCAUUUUUCUGAUAGAAUUCCCUUCCUGUAUUCCCUACUCCCCCCAAUGAGGGGGAAAGCAACUGAGAGGGACAAUUUGCACUUGAAAUGUUUUUAUGCUUUUGGAUCUAGUGCUUUGGAAAAUAGUCAUACUUGGCCCUUUACGGUCAGAAUAGUGUUCUCUGAGAAGGUCCAGUGUGUUGUGGUUUCUCAGACAUUUUGCAUGACUGUAUGGAGAAAAAUAAUGCUAGAUGGCAUUGGCACAUUCAGUCAGUGUGAAGUGUUUGCAUGUCCACUGUUUCUUAAGGGCGCAUGCUCUAAAAGUUUAUAUACUCUGUCAGGGACUAGCCACUUUGAAGGCAACACCAAGAGAGAGAGAAGCAGUAAGGCCCCUUGUAUUAGUGAUCUUGAUUUUUUUUCCCAGUCAAAAAGGAAAGGUAUAAUACAGAAGGGCUGUAGCUCAGUGAUAGAGCAUCUGCUUUGUAUGUAGAAGGUCCCAGGAUCAGUCCUUGUCAUAUCCAGAUAGGACUGGGAGAGAGCCCUGCCUGAAACCCUGAAACAACAGAGAGGCCUGCCAGCUAGUAAGACAGCUUCCUAUGUUCCUAAAUACUUUGAUAUUAAAUAAAUAAGGCAAAGGAUUAAUGCUAAUAUGCAUUGUUUUAGCAGUGGAGCCACUUAAGAAACAUAUUUGGUUCAUUCACGUUCCCCAUCCCAUGGCUGAAUUCAGGGAAUACCAGUCCUGCCAGUUUGCAGCAGAAGUCAGCUGUGCACAACACUUAAUAGGUUUGUGAUGCCACAAGAACCAGCCAUUCUCUCCCUCCAAUUUUGGAGUUGUUUUGCAACCCUUUGAAAAUGUAUUCCCCCCUCUCUUUUUAAAUCCACAAACCAAUGUUUAAUGAAUAUACUUCAUGCUAUACUUUACAAAAUAAACAAGUUAAAGGGCCUGCCUGAUGAUUUGGUGACAGAAGAUAGAUGACUAAGAUCAGCAUUCAAUAAGAUGAUAAAUACAUGUGUGAGAAGGCAGGAAAAGCUGGUUCGCUCCAUAGGAAAAGAAAAUAAAACAUGUUGAAUCCUGUACAUGUGUACACAAACAAAAACUACCGAGAGGAAACUGAAUGGAGCCCACUGAAAUAUUAAACUAGGCCAGUUUGCCUGUCAUACUUUUUUCUUAAUUAGCACAUGUCAUGUGUGGUUGGGUGCAUAGCUUGUGCUGGAAUUGGAAAAUGAUUAAGAUGCAUGGCUGCCGACAUAUGAUGGUACAAAUUAAGUGCAAAAUAAAAGGGCUGAAAUAAAGGACAAGUGGUGAAACAACAGACAGCUUGGGAGCUGCAUACAUACAAAGGCUACCACACCGCGUGCUAUGAGUUGCUCCUUGAAGUCAAGUCGCAACUGCACCUCUUCAAGCAAUGCACCCUGGGUAUUAACGGUUUUACGAAAAAGGAAACAAACUUGCAAGACGUUUUCGUCUUGCGAAGCAAGCCCAUAGGGAAAUUCGUCUUGCGAAGCACCUCAAAAAACGAAAAACCCUUUCGUCUAGCGAGUUUUUCGUCUUGCGAGGCAUUCAUCUUGCGGGGCACCACUGUACUUGUGACCCAUGGUCACAGGAUCCCAUAGUCCUUGUAUUUUCCCAGGUAAAAGCACUUCUAAAAGGGUGGAUUUUGAGCCAAGAAGUAGGGGGAGAUACUACUGCUUCUUUGUUCCAACCCUGCCUGCAACCCGGCCUGCUGCUUUUACUCCUGUUGGAUUUUAAAAGCACAUUUAUGAUAGCAAACAAAGGCUGGAAAGUAGUUUGGGGCAUUUAGAGUAGAGAACUGGAUAAAGCCAUAAACACCCCAACCAUUUUCUCCUAUGCUGCUCUAUAAAGCACCUACUCACAAAGUAGUUUUUAAGAAAUAAAAUAGGAGAAUAAGGCUGCUGCAGUUUGAUUAUAUGCUUUCUGCCUAUGAAAUUGUACCACAGAAUAUGUUAAAAAUCUUGGGAGUGAUUUACAUAAAAACCAUCAAAAUAAAACAAUAGCAUUUGGGGUGGGAAACUUUAAGCAUUCAUCUCUUAUGACAUUAAUCACAACUAAGUUGUCCAAGACAAGAUAUCGAAUGAAACUAAAAUGGGAAGGUACGCAUCUGUCUUUGCAUACGCCACACAGCUGCUGAUACAGCUGUUCCAAUUACACAAGCAUGGGAAGGUACCUUAAGCUUCUCCACCCUACAAUUAAAGCCAUUCCUUAUGACGAAGCUGGCAACAGACACUUUUCCUCUGUGCUUCUUUAUGACAAAGCGGUGAAAUUGCAGGAAGGGAUGUAAGAGAAAUGAGAAUUUAGAUGUAAGUUCAGAUCUACCAGUGCUGAUCCAGCAUUGUUCACGGGGACUAAUUUCUUUGGUGGCUGCUUAAAACAUUUUUGUUUAGGAAAGUCUAUCCAGACAUGUACAUGUCAAUGUGUUUUAAAUGUUCAUACUGUUCAUUUCAGUUAUUUUUAAUUAUUUUAAACAAUUUUUAUUGAUAUUUUAAAUAUUUAUUGUAAACUGCUUAGAGGUUUUAAAACAAUCAAGUGGUAUAUAAAUUUUGAUAAAUAGAACAAUAUAUAUAAACCUGUCACAGAUCUCUUGAGUGACUUUCUUGCUUAAUGUCUGAAUUCCUGACCUGGACAUUUGCCCAAAGUGACAAAGUACAGAAAGUUCAAAAUACCUACCGGCUUGUCCAAAUAAUAUUGUGUAUGUUUUUAAAUCCACUUCUGCCAAAAGUUCUUCCAAUUUCCUUUCUCCCCACCUGGCACUCAUAUUCACAGACUGUCAGUUAAGAAAGAGGUGUGGGCUAGCCAGACACUGUACAACACAGAGCAAAACAGUAAAAAGGGAAAGGGUUUGUUUUUGUCUAAACAGGAUUGUCAGGAUGAACAAGAAGAAAUGUGUUCUUCCAACAAAAUCAGUUGAUUUUGCAGAAGCUGCUAUCACUGAACCGCCUGACCUGUUUCUUUUCAGGUCCCAGCAUUCACUUUCUGAGCAAGUGAGCAAAAGUAAUUUGGGAACCAACUAGCCAUAAGUCUCAUGAGAUUAGAAAGCAGAAGCCAAGAGGUAGAAAGUCAGCAAGUAUUGAAGACUCUACAACUGUAGCAAAUCUUACCUGUUCCCUUCUGUUCUGGUGGGUGAUGGCAAAUGGGCUCCUUGGGAGGGGGACUUCUCUUGCUAGGAGCCGCUGCCUUGUUCUUAAAACAGAAAAGAUGAUACUUGAAUCAGACUGUCUGACCUCAGCAAUUAUUAUUACAAGGAAUGCUGUCAAUAGAAGGUCAGGAAGCCAGGGAUUAUGAGAUCAAUUCCAUAAGUAGGUCACCAGCUAUGCAGAGUUGGGGUUAUGGAAUUAGGGGUCACACCCUCCAUGAGUAAUAAUCCAGGAGGCAUCAGCUUUGUUGAGUCAGCCCUGAUGAAAGGUAGAAAUGUAGAAACUUGAUAAGCAUAUGGCAUGGGUGGGAAACCUCAGGCUCGGGACAAAUGGAGCUCUCCAUAGGUCUCCGUCCAUAGGCCCUCAAAAUGGCCCAGGCCACACCCCUCAACGCCCCUGUUCGCUGCCCUUCUGCAAUAUUUUACCUUGCUGAAAUGUCUGGUUGAAGUGUAAUUAAGUUUGUUUGCCUAGAUGGACAGUGGUUACUUUUGCUACACCCACUACUCGCAUGUGGCCCCUGGAACGUUGCUUAUGUAAGAAUGUGGCUCUCAGACUGAGAAAGGUUCUCACCCCUAUACUAGAGCUUUGGGGGCAUUACUGGAUCAAAUCACACAACUGUGAGUAACAAUGGCCUCUUUUAUUUUUAUUAUAAUUAAGGAAUAGGCUCUUUAGGAGGGAGCAAUUCUGAGCAAAGAAGGGGUGAGGAAGUAGAUGCUUAAUUCUUCUCUUGCAAGCAUUUUCCCACUCAAAAUUGCUUCCUCCCCCAAGGUUCCUGAUGCAUGUUUACCCUUGCAUGUUUACACAUUUUGAAGGAAAGAAUUAAGCACUUUCCACUACUGGCACUUCUCCACCCCAAAUGUUCCACUUCCCAAACUGCUAUUCUUUACAAAAAGUGGCUGCUGUUGGGGCUUUAAAUGGAAGCAGCUUCCAAUGUGUACUUUGCCCCCCUUCCCCUGCUGUACACUCUCAGGAAAUCUUAUAGAAAAGAGCACAACGGGAAUCACAAGGGGUGUCUUACAGGGAAUGUGUGGUGUGAUGUAAAGCUAUUUGAGUACAGAGUUCUGCCUCUAUUAGCAGCUUAAAUGGGACCCUGCCAAGCAUAUUUAAUGCAAGCCAUUUAAAGACAACCAAUCCAAUGGGUUUAGUAAACCUCUGAGCAUGGACAUAUGUUGACUCCUUCCUUUCACCCCUCCCCUACAAACAAACAAUAAAUUAAGUUUUAGAACCAGCAUUUUUUGAAGUAGCGCAAAUCAUGUAAACAGUCUGUAGUGAAAACAGAAUGCUGUAUUACUUUAAUGUGAAAGAUGGCCAAUUAAGAACUACUGUUUCCGUGCACUUCCACUCUGAAUCAUAUUGACAUUACUCAGCAUUUUCUCUCGAAGUUCCCAGUGGAUCAGACAAGUGGAGUGGAAAGGGGUGCACAUCCCACCUUGAAGCUGAACACUGCCCAACAGCUUAUCAACUUGGAAGAACAGAACUUCAUGCUAUAUCUGCCAGCAUCAGCUAUAAAAUUAAGAUGUCACAUAUCUCAGGUGGAAUGCAAAGGGUAGUCAGCAUUUCAAAAGGACAUGUUGUUGCACGUUGUAGCUCACUUGCCAUAUUUUUUAUAAAGGGUAGUGACGCAGAGCAAAUCAGUGUCCCAGGUAACAGCAAAGUUGUCCUUUCAGUGUCUCUCAAGCAUGCCUCACAUAUGCUCCUCCUUUUCUGGAGCUUUGUCAUUUGCAUGACUUUUGUCACAAUUAAUAACAACAAGAUCACUAAUAAUUUUAUUAUUUAUACCCCACCCAUCUGGUUGGGCUUCCCCAGCCACUCUGGGUGCCUUACAGCACAUAUAAACAACAUAGUAAAACAUUAAAAACUUCCCAAUACAGGACUGCCUGAGUUGUCUUCUAAAAGUUGUGUAAUUCUUUAUCUCCUUGGCAUCUGAUGGGAGGGCGUUCCACAGAGAGGGCGCCAUUGCUGCGAAGGCAGUGUAUAUAAACUGUGUAUACUAUGCUUCACACACUGCAACAGAACAUACUUUCAGGUAUGGGUGUAACCUUUAAACUGCAAUGAGAAAUACAGCCUUUACAUUAGCAGAGGAAUACCAAGGCUCUCUUGUGCACUUGCCAAGGAGGUGUAUUGGUGCCCCCUGUUACUUGUGACAGCCCACACCAGUGACAGGAUUCCUCCACCGAGGCACCAGAGGAGCGUGUGCACCGUGCCCAGUUGGUGGGCUCAUAGCCACUCCAAGCCAGAGUGGAGAGGCAUGAUUUUGUCACCUCCCCCCAAACCAGCCUGUGCCCUUGGCAGGGGCCAACCUAGCCAACUCCUAGGUACACCCCUGUACCUCAGGGUUAGGGAACCUAUAGCACUCCCAAUGUUGGACUACAAUUCCAUAAUCCUUGACCAUUGGACAUUUGCCUGGGGCCAAUGGAGUUGGAAUUCAACAAUUGCAGGCAGGGCCUCUGUGGCAAACCACAGAAUGGUGCUCCCCCCACCAGGGAAGCUCUAUUCAGUCACAUCCCACCAAAGUCAGCCUGCACAAUGGAAGCUGAUUCUGAGCUCUUGCAAAACAAACCUGCUUCCCUAAAAGAUCAGACUUCUUGCAAUAAAGAAAGUGAUGAGAAAAUGCACUGGAAUGUGUGGGAUAAUGCUUGGCAGAAGGUUGUUUCACCACCCCACAAACAAAUAGGAUGAAUGCUCAUUAAAUAGAUGACAGCCGUGUAAUCUCUCCACAAACAACUCAGUCCAAAUGCUCAUCAAACAGGCAGUCCGGAAGCAAGAUAGAAUCCCUUUGAGUUGACUCAAGUCCUGUUGCAGUCUUAAGCCCACUUACCUGAAAUAAUCAUUGAAAUUACGGUAAUUGACUGACCUUUGCUUAAACAUGGCUAUAGAGCUGUAAACUUGGCUUUGUAUAGCAAUGCUGUAUCUAAAUAAGGACUUAUGAGAUGCAUUUUGCUCAGCCCAUAACCUGGGACUGGGAAAGGCUUUAAAACAAUAGCUGCACCUUUAAUGCCUAGUUCCUCUUUUCUAGUGUGUAGUUUGGUGGUACAUGUGAAUUCAUAAAGGAGCAGGCCUCUGUGAGAUGAAGAGUAGAAUAGGCAUUUACCAUACAAGCAAAUGAAGCACAAUAGCAUGCUUACACAAAAGGUUUUCAGGGUGCUCCUUCAACCGACACUUAUACUUCAAGAUCAAAGCAUGGAUGGUAAUAUUCUUGAUUAAAAUGCAUGGUCAUAUUCCUCAUGCACACCCUCUGCUUGGAAGCCUAGAAAGCUAUAGGACCAUUGAUUAACACUUUAGUUUAGAAAGACAUGCAGCUACUUCUCAGUGGCUAUUUCCCCUUUCUCUUUGCAUUGUUUUGCAAAGGUUAUAAGAGAGAAACCAGGGCCAGCCCAAUACACCUGAGGCAGAUUUGCAAAUCAUGCCCCCUCCCCACCAGGGAAGAGGGUUGAUCUGCAUCAGGAACAAUGGGGAAGAAACAUCAACAUUGGGAUCUGCUGCUCCUAGUGGAUCUUGCCACCUGAAGUGGUCCCCUUACCUUGCCUCAUGCCUUGCCUUGAGAGAAACACAUCAUUUUCUGCUUUAUAUACCCCAUUCCCUUUUGCUGUUGUGUUUCUCUGCAAUACCAAGGAUAAACUUUGGGCUCAGCCAUACAUUGAGUCAGUGCCUUUUUUCUGAGGGGUACGCUGUGGUACGCAUACCCCUAAACAUUUUGUGAAUCUUUGUACUUUUGUCCAUUUACUGUAUUUAUUUUUCCUGCUUUGAACUAUAAAAUGGUGAUUUUCUUGAGUCAAAAUGAGAGUACUCCUAAACAUUUUUUUUUAAGAAAAAAGCAUUGCAUUGAGUUAAUGUGAACAGUAAAUUACCUCUACCUCAGUUAUCUGCAGGUUUCCUCCAAAUCACUGCCUUCUCAUACUUCCUUCUCCCUCAAUCCAUAUUACUCAUACCCCUCCUGUUGGAGGUAUCCCUGGUACGAGAAAAUCUGGACUGAGGAAGGGGAAAGUGUGGGAAAGCAAUGAUUUGGAGGAGAAUGUCAUAUGGAAAUUUAAGAGUUAAUGGUGGUACGGGAAGCUUGCCAUCCACAUUAAAUGACAGUGUGGAUGAGCCCUUUAACUCAGGCUACUGACUGCAGCUUUCUUGUGUUACAAUUUAAAAAGCAGGAGCUGACUCCAGUGAGUCACUCGUGUGUGUGUGUCUGUGUGUGUGUGUAGUAUAUUUGAGGCAAAUAUAAAUAUAUAUCUAUGACUUAGAAUGACAAAGGUGACUGCCUUCCCAUGGGAUGCAUGGACUGAAUAGAACUGGAGGUCAGUAGUCCACUUGCAGAUACCACAGCUAAUUCUUUCAGGACACCUUGCAUAUCCUUUCAAGAGAAAGGGGAGCUUUAAAAACUUGACAUUAAACAGUAAUGUGAGAAGCAGCCCUAAGAUAAAGAGACAGCACUGUCUAGCUAGGCUAGUUUCUAAUCUCUGCGUCUAGUACAAUGCUUUCAUAUAUUUCUUUUUUAAAAAAAAUAUGAAGCAAAAUAGUCACCUUUACUUUGAGAUUCUGGUUGCUCAACAGCAUCAGGCUUUCUGUAUUAUGUUCAAAAAUGUUGGAUGCUUUGGCAUGAGCAAUGAUUUUGGACAUUGUGCUUCCAAGGGCGGUCACUUACAGAGCUGCCACUGUUCUAUAUCUGAACAAUUACAAGGCUGAGCCAUAUGGGAAUGACGGGACUGUGGCUCAGUGUAGUAUGAAAUACAGAAUGCACAAGGUCCGCCUUAGAAGUUUCCCCUGACGUGUGGGAUAGGAUGGGUGGCAUUCCUGCAGAUCUGAUUACAAGUUAAUACUAUUUCAGCUUCUGGCCUUCAUGUCUGUUGCACUGCCAUUGGUCUCUGCUAAGUCAGUUGGGGCAGGCGGCCUGUAGGUAUGUAUCAGUAACUCUGGAGAUUGUCCUAGAAAUGACCAUGAGUUUGUUUAUUAAUAUUAUUAAACUGGAAUCCUAUCCUUGUUCCAAGAAGCCCUUGGUGGUGUACAUGGAGUAAUCCAGUGAGAGAGAAUACUUGCCAGAGUCACCCAAUGAGCUUUGUAACUGAGCAGGGAUUUACUAUAUCCACCUUUUCUGCAUCCAUGUCUAAGAGAUUGAUCACAAUUUGGAUUCUAGGACAGUUUUCCUGGGAAAGCCUGAUGCCAUUGCACUAGAUUCCAAGUGAAGAGGCAGGUUAGGCAUGGUGCAGAUGUAAAUGCUGUUGCCUGAUCUCCAAACCAUGGUUAGGUAAUCAGGAACACCCUGCAGUGCAAAGCUUGAGGUUUUCCUCCACUCUCUUCUCAGGAUAGUAUCCUCCCCUUUUUGGUUUUGCAGCUAAUUACAGUUCUGUUUGAAGUGUACCAGCAUUUUUGUUAAACGUAGUUGGCACCAAACCUGUUUGCAGGCAUGGGUCCAAGCAGCUUUGCAAACCUAGGCUAGUGACACCUUGAUGCAGGUGUGACACACCAAAAUUGAAAGGGAAGGGCCAGGGAAGAAGUGUGUAAACCUAAAUACGCUCCUGACUGGGGCAGUUUUAUGUUUCCAAAAUGUCAGAAUGUUCCAGCUGCAAGGGUGAGAGAAUGGGAAAGGGUUUACUUUCCAGCUAUGUCUGAGGUGGCAUUGCAGGAAUAUUGGAUACACUGUCUGAGGAAAGGCUCAUUGUUGAUGGAGGGCUGUGCAAAAAUAAGCACCACAGGGAAAAUGCAGGGAAGUAUCACUGGUUUUAGAAGCUUAUUUCCUCUUUGCUCGGUAUUUUAAAAUGGGGCUUAUAUGGAUAAAAUUGGCCUCAGAAUUAAUACAAUCUGUUCUAAAGCACCCUUGAACUGUCCACUAAUAAUGGGCAGUCUUGACGCUUUCCACUUUAGUACUGGGAGAGAAAAUUGGAUAAAACAUAUGAAAUUAAGGUUUCAAUCCUGUGUCUGUUUACCCGGGAGUAAGACCCAUUGAACUCAGUGGGACUUGGUUCUGAGAUGGCAGGCAUAAGGCUAUACUAUAAAUGUUCCCCUCACCUGUUUGGCCCCCAUGACAGUAAGAAAUAGAAACCAAAACAUUUACAUCAAUGCAGUUCUCUUCUUUGGGUAAAGAAUGAGCAGUUAGUACUCAUACACAUAUUAGAGACCUCAUGCUAUUAGUGUGAAUGGAUGUGUUACAUCUCUUAUUCAUGACCUGUUAGGAUGAAUCAAGCAUAAGGCUAUCUUUGGUUUGGACAUGUGUUUUUCAGUGAGUGCUAUUCUAAGAGUCACUGCGGAACAGGGAAUAGUGAGGAUGAACAUGGGAGACUCCCCUUUGAAACUUCUGUUGUCCCGUUAAUGUCUCCAAGUGGCUUUUCAAAUGCCAUUUAUCUUUUAGCCUAAACUACCUCACAGAGUGCUUGCAGACAAGUGUUUCAGUGGCUGAACCAUAUAUAUCACAAAGUAAAAGGUGCUGGAGAACAGCCUGCCUUGAGGGAUUUUUCCUGGCAUAGAAUUCUCCCCGCCUCCUGCCAGGAAGAGGUCAUGAACUUCUGGACAAGUUUUUCGUUAAAAGCUGAGAGUGUGCUUUGGCCACAAGAGGGAGCCAGCAACAUGUUGUAGUAAUAGACCUUAAGUCUUUUUCCUAGUGCUAAGUUUUUGUGACAUCUCUAAGGUUUGAUUUAUAAGAGAAGGCAGUGCAAAAAAAUGAAGAGAAAGCAGACCAAAAAAAAAUUGACACCCUAUCUUUUCAGGCAGACAGAUAAAUACAAAAUAUUUAUUGUGAGCAAUCUUUUGAAUUUUCAUCUUGAAUUGUGCCUGGAAUCCUUCUGCAAGCUGUGAAGUAAUGGGGAAAAUGUGCUUCCAGAGAUCCAGCCACAUCUGCACCAAAUGUUUAAAGCACAUGGCUUCUGCCAAAGAAUCCCAGGCAGUGUAGCUUAUCUCUCACAGACCUAACGCCCUUAACAAACUACAAUUCCCAGGAUUGGCGGGGGAGUCACAUGCUUCAGGUCUUCGUAUGAUCCCAUUCAGGGGGUGCAAAAUUGAUGGCUGUGGAACCCCCAAAAGGAGUAUUCCAAAAACAAUUUGAUUACCUAUCGUCCUUAUGCAUUAAGAUAAUUAAGACAGCACAUAACAAUCAUUAUCAAAAUGGUGCAGAAUAUCAAAAAGGAAAAAAUAGAUUCCCUGCUCCAGAGAGUUUACCAUGUAUAAUGGGCAAAAAGGCAAGGGGAAUGUGGGGACUACCAUUGCUUUAGGUGUCUGUCUUUAAAAUCUGUGGGACUUCACUAAGGCUUGAUUUUGUCGGGUGUGUGCCCAAUGUAGCUAUGAUUUACUGCAGAAAGAAGAAUGUAAAUCUGCCCUCUGUCUUGAAAUUGCCCAUUCCACCUUUUCCUCUGUCAAAAUAUACACGGUAAACUCUCUGGAGAAGGGAAUUUAGCUUGAGGCCAACUAGGUUUAAAAUUUUUUGGAAAGGAAGGAGGGCAGUAUAUUCUAAACAGGUUUGAACAGAAGAUGCACAUAUUGGAAUUAAUAAGUUUACAUUCCACUGUUUUUUUUUCAGGCAGGCAUUGCAAGGAAAGGCCACAUUGGUGCCCAGCACCAAUUCUUAUUUCCCAAGGCUACUGCUUUAUUUAACACACAAAAAGUGAUAUAGUGAAUGCCUAUGAAAAACUGAAGUAACUUUGAGUGUUAUAUAGCCAAAGUAAUAUAACUUUAACAUCCGGAAAGCUCCAGACAGUAAUAACUGAUCUUCAUAUAGUAUGUUCUAUCUGCAGCAAGUCUUUCCCCUAAUUUCAAAUCUAGACAAUUAGCUUGCUGAGCUGAGCUUGAGGCAAGAUUAGAGACCCUAACCUGUUUUGCUGCUUAAUCUAGAGACUACUCUGCAUACUAUCUAGCUUCUUAAAAAUGGUUUGCUCCAUCCAAAAUGAGCAGGAGCUCGUUCCAUCACUCAGGGACAUGGUACAGGACUGUACCACUUCAAAAGGAAGGGGGGGUUGCAACUAGUUUAAAUUACUUUAUACAACCAAACCACAUUUUGAAGGCUUUCCCUGAGGUGAUGAGCUGCUCCCUUGCCAGACAUCAGAGAUGAGAUAGGUUGGGUGGAGAAUGCAUUUCCUUGCAGGCACAGCUCAGUGCAUUAUUGUUAAUUGCUAUUAGGAAAGAAAGGUACAUUUCAAAUCUCUCCGGCGCUGCAGCUCUAGAAGAAAAUGGUGGACACAUAUUUUAUUUUCCCCACAGACAGAUUUGAAUCUGCUGCAAGCCAAGAGUUCUUCAGUCCUCCUUCUGCAGUGCCUGCCUAGUUUGAGGAAUACACAGAUUAGCACAGGGUGCCAGAAAGAAAGAGAGAGGUUCAUAUGAAAUGGAACCAAAUGUAAAUUGUAGCUUAAAUGCUGCUGCUGCACCAGUACUGAGUCAGCAGUGCACGCUUGGCCCUGUUACAGGCAGGCCAAAGGAGCAGCAGAGUAUGCAAACUAGCUUGGCUUGUUUUACUUUGUAUGCAGAUACUGAGUUACAUAAGAGAGAGAGAGAGAGAGAGACCUGCUGUCAAGAACUUAGAUUCCUUCUGAAAAUAGCCGAAAAUAUGAAGGUAACGUCAAUGAAUCAUUUAUAUUUGUUCUGGAAAGGGGCCAUCAAAUCACCUCAUGUAGCUUUCUCCACUGACUCAAUUAAUUCCCUGUCUUUUAAAAUACCUGACUGUGCCCUUAAAGAAAACUGACAUCCACUUAACCUCCCUGGAAUGCCAUGUCAGAUAAAUUGAGACUGUGCUGAACAAUGGAUAAUGGAAUGAGAAACCUGCCAAACGCUUGAAAUUUAAAUGAGGGAUUUCCCAAGUGCCCUUUAGGUAAAAAAAGAAAGAAAGAAAAAAGCUACAGCUAGGGACUUUCCUAAUGACCCAAAAGGCCAGUUUUUUGUGCUACGGUUGUGUUUGGGCUGACAAUGCCUGCAGAGAAGCGGGUGGGUAAUGUUAAGAAUGUAGGAAGCUGCCCAGCACACUGAGGUCAAACAUUGGUCCAUCUAGCUCAGUAUUGUCCAUGUUGAUCUGCAGUGACUGCAGGGUUUCAGCCAGGGGCCCCUCUCUCUCCGCCCUACCUGGAGAGGCCAAGGGCUGCAAAGGAGUAGGGCUCUUAUUCACUGCUUAAAAUAAUAAUCAAAGGAAAUGUGUGCUGUAUUGCGGUGCCAGAGAAGGGAGGCCCACACUCUUCAGAGAAUAACUACUUCUGUAACCACUUCUGCAACUGUACUUCCCUUCACAAUGAACGUGAAGGAAAGUGUGUGUUUUCUCAGGGUCAAAAUACUACAGGGUCAAAUACUGAGGGAAAUCAUUUACCUCAUAGCAAAAUGGUGCCUUGAGGAAUGAUAGUUUGAGUCACCCACAGCAAAUAUAACAAGUUCACAUUUAUUGCCUUAUAAUUAGUGUAAUGAAUCCUGAUUGAAGAUGUCACAUGAGUAUAUUUUAUGAAGGCAGGAGUGGGUUGGUAAUGCAGAGAUCAUACUGCUCAUCAGUUGCUAUCAUGGCCUUGGCAAAAUUAGGCCCUGAGCUGAUUUUUUUAAUUAUUAUUAUUCUCCAUGAACAAAUUCAGCAUUACUAUUUAUGUAUUUAUUUCUCCCCACGCCUUCACCAUAACAUUCCAGGGUGCGUGAUCUCAGAGGGUAGGGGAAAAGAUUGAACGAAUAUUAUCCAGUACAAUAAAGCCAGUGUAGAAUCUGAAUAUGGGAUGCUCCAUACAGUUCUGAAAUCAAAGUACAAAUAUGUAUGUGUAAAAGGUGGCAACAAAUAUACUGAGAAAUGGGGCCUACCCACACUUCCUUUUCUCCCACAUUUGUAGGCAUGGGUCUGGGCUUUCCAGGUCCAUGUCUUAGUGGGAAAGCACUGGACCCCCCCCCCCAAAAAAAAACCACCGCUUGGACACAGACCUGGAAAGCCCAGUCCUGGCCCUAGAAAGUGUGAAGCAAAUGUAAGUGUGGAUGAGACCAUGGUCUUCAUUAAUUUCUGGAAGUCUUACAUUUAAAAAACUCUUUUUGGUGAAAAACAACUUUGUUGGCAUAGGUGUACAUAUACUGCCAAAAAGCUGAGAGGCAGGGGACAAUAAGGGAUAUGUCUUUAGGAAACCUUUAACCAAGAACUGAAUAGUGCAGUGGUUACCAAUUAGCUAAGUACUGCAGACGCCCUGCUUUUCCAAAGCCAAGCUAUGGACUUUUGAAAUUUUUGAUAGAUUUUGUUAUGUGAAGGGUGCCACGGAGUCCGCGUACCACCACUUGGGAACCACUGGCAUAGAACAAUGUCAGUGCACUGGGAAGUCAUCAGUCUUGAUCACACUGAUAGCACUUAGACAAAUCCACAUCUCAGGCAUGCUUAGAAUUUAUUUAUUUAUUUAUUUAUUUAUUUGCCAUAUUUAGGCCCAGAUGCAAAAGGCCUUGGUACAGCCGGCAGGUUCAGGAGGAACAGCCAGGAGCCACAGACAUUUCCUCAAAAUAUCUGACGUCUGAGGAGAUUCCCUCACUCUAUCUAAUGACAGGACUGGCCCUUUCCUACUGAAACUCUGGGGAGACUCUGCUAAUCAGUUUAGACUAGACAAUAUAUGCACAUGAAACGUAUGACUGCAAUAUAGCAAGGGUAGCUGAUCAUUUCCCCUGCAAGGGCUGCAUGUACCCUUCGAAAACUCUCCAGGGGCUGCGUGCCAAAAGUGGGUGUGUCACCAUCAACACGUGUUUCUUAACGGCACAGCACUUAACUAGCCUGGCAAAGCUCGUUUGCAUGAGCCAGCUCAGGGAUUCCUUGUUGGGCACAAUUCUGUAGCUUGCAUUUCCCCUUCAUAUCCCAAAUAUUAGUUAGAUUCUGACAUUCGUUAAUUUCUUGGGUUUAGGGAAGAUCUCCCCACCAAACAUAUAGCAGUAUUUUGCCAGCACAUGCUUGUAGUGGAUGAAGUGUUCUUGCAUGCCAUAGCUGUGAGCAAGACUGUAGCCAUAGGCACUUACAGAAAAUCAUUAAGACUGUUAAAAGUAGAAGGUGGGUUUUUAUAAGUGUAAGAGGUAUUUACAGUCCUCAUAAUCCCCUGGAGUUUCAGAUGUAAUAUACUAUAAUUAAUAUGGGCUUUAUGUUGCUAUCAUUAUCUGAGAGCCACAUGCUUCUAAGCUAUAUAUAGAGAAUGAAACCUAAAAUCUUUGGAGUUGAGCAAAACCAUUCACAAUCUAGAUGCUCUUUUUAGCCUUCAAACAACACACUGCAUUAGCUCUUUGUCUAGCCCACAUAUGAAUGUGUGGUAUAAUCAGGAUCUAAGGCAAGCUAAGCAGUGACAAGGAAGCAAAACAACCAGCAAGCUAAUCUACAGAACAGCUUUAAAAAAGUCAUUUUCACUGAUGGACUCAUUCAGCUAACAAUUCAAAGUUCAAUGCAAACUUUUCAAAUUAUUGAUCACUGCUGGGGGGACCUUAUGCACCAAAUGAAUAGCCAUAUAGUGCAAAAAAUAAAUCAAUCAACACUUUCAACAGGAAUUGAAAUUGGAAUUCGAAUUGGAAGGAUGUGGACUCCAGAUAUUACACUUCCAAACAGAAGAAGAGGUAUCAUGUAGCACACAGGGAGAGGAAUAGCAAAAGAUGAAAAGUGAUGUGUUGAUGGAUGGAACUGAGGGAACCAGGAAGUAGUGGGGAACAUAAAUUAUGUAAGCUUGGUGUCAUUGCUCAAGGUCUUCUAUCAGCUUGGUGCUAAUGACUUGGAAUUGUAGUUUCCCUAUCUUUAACUAAACCAUAGGUGCACAUCAGAUAAACUAAGCUGCUUUUUUUCUUGCAGAGGUGGAAGUAUUGGUAAACAUUUGACAUUAAUUGGGGCUUUUAGCACCUUUUUGGAUUGAUACAUUUCCCAGAAAUCUGGGUGAAGUCAACUGUUUAAGUGGUAUAAAAUGUAUGGUAUAGAUGUGGCCCUAAAGAGUUGUCCUAGGAAAUUCAUCAGGGCAGAUUGGGCUAUCCAUGCUGCCCUCCCCCUUUCUUAAUCAUCUAAAAUGAUAUAGGGCCACAACAGUUAGUCAAUUAAUCCGACUGAUUCAUCAGUUAAAUACCUUUGUGUUGUUAAAAUGGUGCGAUUCAAUGCUUUGCCCCAACAUGGAGGUAAAAAAUCAUGAGGGUCCGCUUCCUUAUUAGAUCUGGUUGAGAGAUGCAUAGCUUGUGGAUCUCUAGUGACAGAUUUUCCUACUGUACUUGUAUUUCUGAUAUCCAGAGUAAAAAAUUCUGAUAGGAAGUAAGCACAGCUGGGCUGCACUUGAUGCAGUGUUACUAUUACCAUUGCACAUACAUCCUAUUGUGCAACAGGAUAUGUAUUUCUCCCUCCCCCACAUUUCUUCUUGGUGCUGUUGCAUGUGCCCUUCAUCUCAAGCUGACAGCAAGAGCCUAGAGCUUGUUGACAAAAGCACCCCUAGACAGCUCCUUGCCCCCUUGCCCUCCUCAUUGCUAGUGCUUGUUCAUCAUCACUCUUGCUAAGGCACAGGUCCAACCCGCCCCCCCAGCCUCUCCCAAAUGUCAACACUGGGAUGUUGAGAUAGCCCCCACCCCUAAUAUUCCUAGUGCUAUUGCGCAUGUGUCUCAACUCAUGUUAAAACAAGAGAGUCCUCUUGUCUCUUCCUGGCAGUGACAUGCAUGCACCUUGGCAGAGAAAUCCAAUACCACCACUGACUUGCCAAAUUUGCUCUCUGCCCUGUGCCCAGCUGGCAUACAUUCUCAACCCAGACCCAGACAGUGGGACCCCCACGCUCUUCAUAAUAUUGCCUUGCUGAGCUGGAGAGUUCUGGCUAGGGAAGACUCAAGGAGUCCCAAGUGCUAUCACAAGAAAGGUCAUACGACAAGGGCUUUGAGCUGUGCGUGUGAUUCUGACUGAGUAGGUCUGUUGUCCUUUCCGCAUAUUAAAUACACAUAAAGAGGGGGCGUUGAAAAUCUUUUCCCGGUUUUAAAACACGUGUGUUGAUGCUUCGUUUAAUACUUAAAUAUAACUUUUAAUUCUACAAAUUAAUCGGCUGAAGAUAAAGAAAGCAUGUUCCCAUUAAAAUUAUUGGUUUUAUGCAUAUAAUGCCAGUUUAAUACAUGAAUUACUCUGUAAGUCACGUACAGUUUCUUUAACUGAAUAACAGCCCUACUACUGAUAGGCACACAGCAAUGCUGAAGUGCUUUAGUUCUAGCUCAGGAAGACAGUUACACCAUUCUCAUGGUGUAAUCUAAACUUGGACUUAGAAGGCAAAACAUCCACUUAUCCCUUAGUCCCAUGGUCUGUAAAUCAGAUUAGAUUCAAUUUCUCCUUGCUCAUUUUCAAUAAACCCAGAAAGAACAAACAAGGCAGACUUGUUUCAUUUUCACUUGAAGCAGGGCUCCCCAGAUGUUGUGGGACUCUGUCAGCCCCAGCCAGCAAUGCUAAUGGUCAAUGAUAGUGGGAUUUAGAUUCUAACAUGUGGAGGACCACAGGUCCCCACACACACCUGAUUUAGAGCAUCUCAACACACUGAAAGUUGCAUGGCAUCCAUGCAGAUAAAAUAUCAGUGGGUUAUCUGUCCAUAUUGGUGACAUAAAGAUUUACAAGCCAUGCACAAGGGAUACUGUCCACACUGAGGGAAGGAGCGUAUCAUCCGUGCACUAUAUUCCUACUCUUUUCCUAGUCACUGCAUCUUCUUUUAUUGUGCCCUUAACAAUAUUGUGCUAUUGACCUUACAGCUCAAUCCUAGAGCUUGCCCACUGAGAAAUAAGUUGCACUGAGUUCACAGGGCUGCCACUUACAUUUUGUUUUGUGCCUGGAUGUACUCCAACCCUACUCGUCCCUUGUUUAAAAUGAGCAAACUACCUCAUGCUAGCUUUGUGCAAUGAGGCAGAAGGAUGAAGACAAUUUGUACUGUGCCAGAGGGUGGAGGAUAACAAGGAAAGUGCACUGAUUAAGGAGAGUGUCAGGAAAAGAUCACGAAAGAGAUGAAUGUCAAUAGAUGGGAAUGCUGCAUGUAGACCCCUGGUAUUAUUGUAGUAAACAGCUCUUUGCAUAUAUCAUCCUCUUGCUGAUCACCAAACCAGUUGGAAUUGUUUAGCAGAUGCUGUUCAUUUUCUUUCAGUUGUGUAAUUUCAUAUAA